CACACACUCAAGGUUGGGUGGACUCACUCGCGUUUGGGACCGCUUCCAUCGUGUUUAUCGGCAAAAUUGGACACUGGACUGGAGUUGAAGCUUCACUGACAGGUGCAACAUGGCCCUGCAGGAGCUCGGUAUUGUCCUGGCCAUGCUGGGCCUGACUGGUACCAUGCUGAUCUGCGCCCUGCCUAUGUGGAAGGUGACAGCUUUCAUCGGGACACGGCUGGUGGUCAUGCAGGUCUUCUGGGAGGGUUUGUGGAUGACGUGCGUCAGCGAGUACACGGGCCAGAUGCAGUGCAAGCUCUAUGAUGCCCUGCUGGAUCUGUCUCCUGAGCUGCAGGCGGCUCGCGGCCUGGUUUGCAUCAGCCUGUUCCUGGGGUGCCUUGGCUUCCUGGUCUUUCUCCUUGGUGCCCGUUGUACCAAGUGCCUGAGCCACCCACGCAUCAAGACGAGAGUGGUGCUGGGUUCGGGCCUUGUCUUCGGCCUGGCGGGCCUCGCCGCCAUGGUGGCCUUGUCCUGGACGGCCAACGAUGUGAUCAGAGACUUCUAUAACCCGCGCGUCCCUGAUGUACUCAAGCGGGAGCUCGGGGCAGCGAUUUAUAUCGGCUUUGUUGCAUCAGGGUUGCUACUGUGCGGUGGGAGCAUCUUGUGUGCGAGUCGGCCUCCACUCAGGGCUGUAAUACAUUCUGGGGGGUACACGACGGCCAGAAGGCCCACAAACAGCAGCUACGCCAUCAAGAACUACGUUUAGGAUCGUAGUGGCAGGCCUUGCAUUUGGUACCUGUGCCUUGAGAUUUCACCGCUUACAACAACCACUACCACGUUACAAUUAUAAAAAAAUAAAAUAAAAUAACCCCCCCCCCCAAAAAAAAUGCAACAUGACAUCACACAACUAACAAAUAAUUGAAACAAAAAUGCAUUCUACUGAUCAGAGAUGCUAAUAAUCAAAUGUAUGCUGGUAGAACUUGGCUGAAACAAGUUUUCCUCUGACGAA